AUGUUUUUCUCUGCCGAGCUGUUGUCGAGGAGAGAUGACGGUUUCGGACUACUCUGGCUUGCGGCCACGCUUGGCUCCAGCUCCAAAUCGACGUUCAAGAAAUUGCCCAAGCGUUCCGUGCUUUCUGCUGAUAUCGCCCGGCUGUGCGGCUUGAUCACCGAACCAGCGGAGCCAUUGGCUCUGCGACUGUCCAGCAACUUGAUGGUUGGCGUCGACAUGAACUCUGUGGCAGCUUCAUCUGCAGCUCAGCUCCAGAUGGGCCAAUCUAGUCUCAGGCCAGAUGCAUUGACUCUUUCUGCGGACCCAGUCAAUUUUCUAGGUUUCGACCUGGAUGACCUGAACUAUGCUUGGGAUGAAGUGGCUGAGGCUGACGAGACGCUAGUCGCGUCAGACGAGGAAUACGGAGUAGGGGCCGCCAAGCGCAAGUCCAAAGCCAAACAUAAACACUCCUCCUCCGUGGUCGAGCAUGCCCGUGCCAACCUUCACACCCUUCAAGAGGACCAUGAGCAUCUUCUGUCGAACUCCUUUGACGCUUCUUUCAGUGCACUGUGGCCGCAGGCUGGGCAGGACCCUUCUUCGUCUCAGGCUGACGCUGGAUUCAACUUUCUUGAUGAUGAUUUGUUUGGCGCCGGUGGUGAACUCGGCCUUGACGGCGGCAUCGGUGACGAAUUGGCUCAAGAGUUAGGGGAAGGAUGGGGAGUCUCGGCUAGUGAUGCAAAGCACCGACGCUCCGUCUCUGUGGAUCAGAGAGGCAUAGCCGGCGACGCUAUCAGUCUCGACAUGGACUUUCGGCUCGACGAGGGAAACUUCCUAAUCGUCGGUGACGAGACUGUCGUCGAGGAACCUGACAAUACAGGGCGUAACGUCUUCAGAAUUGAAACCGACAAAGGCACGAAGAACUUACCGCCUCCUUCCCUUGCUGGUGCACCAGACGCGGAGUACGAACAACAGCACGCUGCUGAAGACCUUUCACCUCAGGAGGCUGGACAUCAUCCGAAGGCUAAACGAACGAAGCGAACCCAUGUGCUUUUCGACUCACGUACUGAACUUUCCGAUGACGAACUGAAGGCCGCGCGUACGGAAUAUCUCAAAGGUCAAGACGCUAUCAGAGCCGAUAUAGAGAAGAAACGAAUCGAGAAAGAGAGUGCCCAGAUGGUUGAAGAGCUGAUUUGGGGCAUUCCAUCGGUCUUUCAAUCGCCAUUCUUAGUUGAUUUGUGGAUCGAGAACUGUCGCUUGCAAGUUCAUACGAGGGCAGAAGCUUCUACGAUUGAGCCGUUGAGAGAACUGGAACCUCCGUCAAAGCGACGUAGGCUAGGAGGAGCACAGGAGGAGCGACCUCACGACUUUAGUGACUGGAACGCGGUAGGACCCGAAAUGCCGCAAGAUUUACAUGAAGCAGACGAUUUCGAAAUUACUCAUGAUGGUCGUAUGAGAUCGUCUGAAGAACCCGGCCAAGGUCGCAAUGCAUCUCGCCCUCCGUCCGCGAUCGGCAACAUUGUCGAUCUCGGGGUAAAUUCUGGGUCGCAACGCGGCUUUUUUGCUCCUUGGGACGAUGCAGGUCCUAGUUCUUCCGCCUUUGGCCCUGCGGGUGCGGAAAGCGACAGGAUUAGCAUCGACAAAGCGGACAUGCGUAUCCGCAGCCGAUCGCUGAGCGCGAGCCGCAGGGACAGCUUCGUCAUUCCUGGUGAGGGACACAUGUCGCCUGCGGGUGACAUUAGUCGCAGACAAUCUCAUGUAAGCUUCGACGAGUAUAUGCUGGACGUACCUGCACAAGCACUGGCUGCGGACGAGUCGCAGGAGACUGACACAAACGUUGUGUCUUUGGAGCGGCGCUCGUACAAAUUCCUGAUGUAUGCGAAAAUGCAGAUGCAGGCGUUGUCAGGACCCGCAACUUCUCUCGCCUUCGAUAGCAUCAUUGUCCCGCGAGCCAGGAAGGUUGCUGCUGAAGGGUUCUACCAUUGCCUAGUGCUUGCGACGAAGGACCUACUUCGCCUAGAGCAACCCAUCCCAUACGGUUCUAUCAUGAUAAACACUAAGUAAACAUGCUGUAAUAUUCCUCUUCGGUGGGCUGGCGGUUGACGAGGCC